AUGGGGUCGUGCCUGCCGGCAGGCCAGCGGCCGACGGAGGUGGCGGCACUACCCGGGAAGGUGGGAGGAGGCAGUAGGAGGGGGGAGGAGGCCCCCGGCAGGAUUGCUGGGAUUGGAACUGGCAAUGUGGCUUGCCUCUUCACGCGGCAGGGGAAGAAGGGCACCAACCAAGACGCCAUGGUCGCGUGGGAGAACUUCAAUGGGAGAUCAGACACAGUAUUUUGUGGAGUUUUUGAUGGUCAUGGUCCACAUGGACAUCUCGUCGCGCGGAAAGUAAGAGAUACUCUCCCUUUGAAGCUGUGUGAUUUGAUAUAUUGUGACUAUGGAGAGAGCCCAACCAGCAAUUCAGAUGGAUCAGUUUUAGAAGAGAGUUUAUCUCCAUACCCAGAUGCAGAGGACAAAUCUCCCACAUUCACCGCACAGAAAGAAGAACAUCUAGAAUUCUUUGACUUAAUGAAAGAGUCUUUCCGAAAAGCUUUUAGAGUUAUGGAUAAGGAGCUUAAAUUACAUCGGAACAUAGAUAGCAUUUGCAGUGGAACUACCGCAGUUACUUUAAUUAAACAGGGGCAGGACCUUAUUGUCGGGAAUCUAGGUGACUCUAGAGCUGUAUUAGGCACUAGAGAUCAGAACGGUCAUUUGGUUGCCCAUCAGUUGACAGUUGACCUGAAACCUGAUCAUCCAAGUAAAUAUCUUUCACUCUCAAGUUUAAAUUAA